AUGGGGGUAAGACCAACUAUAAGGCAUGAGAUGGAGUGCGUGGGAGUGGGAGAGGGAGGAACCAUUGGCGGCCCAGAACGACCACUUAGUGAGAUGGGACGGAGGAGCUACGUAAGAUUUUGGGAGGAGAGGAUCUCGAGGUUUUUCCUUCUGGGUCCGCCUGGUGCUGAGCCUUAUGGCCGCAAUAUUGCAUCUGCAUCCACAUCAUCGUCGUGGUCGCCAAGGCCGAUGGGUGGUGGCUCAAAGGGUGCGAAGAGGAAAGUUGCCCGCGAGGAGAUGACGAUUCGCGAAAUCGGCCAGGCAACAGGAAUGCUGGUUGAGGACGUCAUUACGGCACUCAAAGAGAUGGGGAUCGUGGAGACGGAAAAGCCGGGAAAGAAGCGUAAAAGAGCUUCCUUGUCGUCGACGGCAACUACGACGACAGCAACUGGGGUGGUAGAUAGCGAUGCUGCUGAAGCGGUAGUGAGGAAACAAAGUGUCUUGGAGUGGGCUAAGAUUCAUCGAGUUGACUUGAAGGAUCCCGUUGCGGAAGAAGGGUUUUUGGGCGAAUGGGCGCCUGAGGACGAAGACCAGGAAGACGAGGAGACGGAUAGUGGAGAUUGA